AUGCUUGUCCGCUCAUUGCAGCUUGUUGCUGCGGCCUCUGUCACUGCUGCCACCAACCUCUUCGUUUCGGACUAUUCUGGCGAUGUCUCUACUCUGUCUCUGACUGAAAACGAUGGCCAUUAUUCUUUAACCAAGGUUUCUGCCAACCCUGGCUGUGCCCCCAACCCAUCAUGGCUUACUCUCGACACCAACCAUGCUACUUUGUACUGUCUUGACGAAGGCCUAGAAGUCACCAAUGGCUCCCUCACAUCCUUCACCAUCGGCAACAACGGCAGCCUGACCAAAGUCCACCGCGAACAAACCAUCAGCGGUCCUGUCAGUGGUGUGAUUUACGGCAAUCCUGCUGAGAAGCGGUCUAUUGCGUUGGCACAUUACUCUGGCAGCGCACUCAGCACUUGGGAGUUGGAUGUCAACCGUACUGGAGGAUUUGCGUUUGAGCAGGAUAUACUGUUUAACCUGACUAAACCUGGUCCUAAUGCGGAGAGACAAGAUGCACCUCAUGAGCAUGAAGCCGUUCUCGAUCCUACUGGUCAAUUCGUCAUCGUUCCAGAUUUGGGAGCAGAUCUGGUCCGCAUCUUNUCCAUCGACCCUGAAACCGACGAAUUGACUGCCGAGAAGCCUCUUUCUGUGCUUCCUGGCUCGGGACCUAGACAUGUCGCUUUUUACCAGCCUUAUGGUGUUUCUGGAGGCAAAUCGACAAGUUUCAUGUUUUUGGUAUCUGAGCUGGCAAACACAGUCACUUCCUUUGCAGUCUCUUAUCCUUCUUCCGGCGGCAUGAGUUUCAAGCAGGUUUACAACACCACCUCUUACGGCGAUCUUGUUGUCCCUGAAGGCAAUGCCGCAGCCGAGAUUGCCAUUUCUGUAAGUCUUCUUGAACCUCUACCGUUAUUCUGUGAAUCCCCGUUACUGACACAACCGUCAAAAAUANNGCCUGAUAACCGCUUCCUCAUCGUCUCUAACCGCAACAACACUUCCUUUGAUAUCCCCAAUCCGUCGCCACACAACACCACUUCCGUCCCUUCAGACUCGAUCUCAACAUUCGCUUUACANAAAGAUGGCUCGCUCAAACAUACCCAACUCUGGCCUGCAGGAGGAAUGUUCCCGAGACACUUUUCGCUCAACAAAUGGGGAGAUUUGUUGGCUGUGGGGUUGCAGUAUGAUAAGAGUGUUGUUGUGUUUGAGAGGGAUGUUGCUUUGGGCACUGUGGGCAAGCCGGUGGCUAGAUGGGUUGCUGGUGGAAAUGUCACUUGUGUUGUUUGGGACGAGUAG